UGCCCUAACGCACCUCAAACCUGUUAGGUGGCGACUCUCUCUUUUAACACCCUUCCUUUAGAAAGAGUUGUCACGACGUCAAAGCCCGACUUUCGAGAGAAAGGAGGGGCGCGACAAUGAGGAGGACUUUAAAGAUCAAUUAAAGAAUCUUGGUGAAUUGUCUAUUGAUGCUGCUAAGGAGUUGCUUAGGUAUCCACCACAGAAUUGAUGCAGGUCAUACUUUGAUGCAUUGUGCAAAAAUCAGAUGGUGGACAACAAUUUUACAGAGUCCUUCAACUCUUGGAUCUUAGAAGCAAGAAACAAUCCUAUCCUGAAGAUGCAUGAGGAUAUUAGAAUCAAGAUCAUGAACAAAUUAAUAGAGAAGGAAGAAGAAGCUAGAACAUGGGGAGGUGAGUUCAGUCCUAACUGCAUGAAGUUGUAUGUUGCUUAUUUGAAGGUUGCCAACUUAUGUACUGUUCAUGUCAAUGGUGAAACUGGCUAUGAGAUUUCUGAGGGUGAUGAUAGACAUAGAGUGAACCUAGUAGAGAAGAAAUGUACUUAUAGAUCCUAGCAGUUGACUAGCAUCCUAUGCCCCCAUGCCAUCAUGGCACUAAAAUACAAGAGAGAGGAUCCAAUGACUGAAAUUAGUUGGUGGUACAACAAAGAAGCUUACCUAAUGACAUAUAGGGCCAAGUUGAUGCCUGUUAGAGGUGAAAAGUUCGGGAAAGUAUUACCAGAACAUGCUAUGGAACCACCUCCACUUGCCAAAACUGUUGGAAGGCCAAAAGUCAAAAGAAAUAGGGAGAAAGAUGAGGCUAACAGGAGACAAGGAGAGUGGGCUGCAUCAAGAAGGGGAACUAUAAUGACAUGCAUCAUUUGUAGUGAACUGGACCACAAUUCAAGGACAUGCAAGGUUGGUGCUGAAGGAAAUGUUGAGGAUGUUAGUUGUUCAACCCCUCAACCAACACAAGAAGGUGAACAUGAAAGUGAAUUUGUGUUCAUGCCUACACCUAGAGUACCAAGACACCAAACAGAACCCUUCGGUGAUGGUAGCGAGCAUGAAAGUGACCCUACUUUAAUGACUAAGAUUAUUUCUGAAGAUCAAACAAGAUUGUUGAUGAGGCAGAAUCAAUUGAUGUCAGCUGGGACAAGAGUGAUCUCUUUAAGAGGAGAUCAUACUGGUGUCAGUUAUCCCACUGAUCUUCCUUACACACCUACUAAGUUCACUUGCAAAGGUAAAGACGCAGUAACUGAAAAUCAAUUGGAAGUGGCAAGACAAAAGAAAGUGGGAAAGUUGAUCUUAGUUGUUGUAGGUAGUUGCAGGUCUUUAACUUUGUUGCUAGAUAUUUUUUUCCAACAACCAAAGCUGGUCAGUUUAUCUUGGUUGUUGAAAAUUGAAAUGUUGGUUUUUGUCAAUUAAUGUGUUAUGGCAAGACUAGUUUAAUGUGUUUUGGUAUUAGUUACUGCAAACUCUAUGAUGGCAGUAAAAAUACUUUGGUUUUAGUAGUUGUAAAACUAUAUGACAACAGUUUAUUUUAUGUCCAACAGUU